UACAACAGAGUUUGGAUCCCCGAUGCUGAGGAAGUUUGGCAGUCUGCUGAAAUUACAGCUAAUUAUAGACCUGGAGACCAUAGUCUUCACCUCCAGCUGGAAGACUGCACAGAGGUGGAUUACCCUGUGGAGCCUUCUGCUUUGCCCCCUUUACGAAAUCCGGACAUUCUCGUCGGAGAAAAUGACCUCACAGCCCUUAGCUACCUCCAUGAACCGGCCGUUUUGCACAACCUUAGGGUUCGCUUUGUGGAGUCCAGGCUGAUCUACACCUAUAGCGGGAUAAUUUUGGUCGCCAUGAACCCUUACAAAGAGCUGCCAAUUUACGGGGAUGCUAUCAUUCAUGCUUAUAGUGGUCAAAAUAUGGGAGAUAUGGAUCCCCAUAUCUUUGCGGUGGCAGAAGAGGCUUACAAGCAGAUGGCAAGGAACGACCGAAAUCAAUCGAUUAUUGUAAGUGGGGAAUCGGGAGCUGGCAAAACAGUUUCUGCUCGAUACGCCAUGAGAUAUUUUGCGACGGUCAGCAAAUCAAGUAGCAACGCUAAAGUUGAGGAUAAAGUGUUGGCAUGCAAUCCGAUAACUGAGGCGAUUGGAAAUGCUAAAACGACUCGCAACGACAACAGCAGCCGCUUUGGAAAAUACAUGGAGAUCAGUUUUGAUAGGAAGUACCAGAUCAUUGGGGCAAAUAUGAGGACAUACCUGCUCGAAAAAUCUAGAGUUGUUUUUCAGUCAGAAAAUGAAAGAAAUUAUCACAUAUUCUAUCAGCUGUGUGCAUCGGCUCAGAGCCCCAAAUUUAAGCAUCUUCAGCUUGCAAGUGCUGAAGAAUUUAAUUAUACUAACAUGGGUAGAAACAUCACAAUUGAAGGAGUGAAUGACCACGCCGACAUGAAGGAAACUCAAAAAACGUUCAACCUGUUAG